CGAUGGCUUACUGAUGCAAGGCACCAAAGAAAAAGAGGCGGUGCCACAAGAAAAGGGUGGUGAUGAAGAAGCCUAUAGAGUCUGUCACCCGGAGGUCUUCAGGCUCGGAAAUUUCUCGGCCCUCCCUUUCCCUCCCAUCUUCCCUUACUCCCACUACUCGACAAAAAUUUCUUCUACCCAUUCCGGUUGAAGAAAAAGGGAAGAAAAACCCCCACAUUCUUCCUAUUGCCCACUCCUCUUCAUGAUAGAAAGAGUAAAUUUGGGGUUUCUAUUGAUGGGUAUAGCGCAACACACAGUGAGUCACUACCAAGAACAGAGAAAAGAAGAAAGGAAAGGAAAAGGAAGUGGUUUGGUUUAGUUGGUCUUUCCUUUUCUCGAUUUUACUUUCGCUUCAAAUUCUAGGGUGAAGAUGACGGAAAUGGAGAGGGAAGAGGGCGCAGUGAAAGCUCCCCAGAUCUCGCAAUUGUUCCAGAGGUUCGCUAGCGUCUGCAAGUCGAAAACGAUGGAGUUCUUCGCUGAAGAAGAAGACUACGAGCAGAUUCCGACGAUGGGUAAUGACGAUUUCGAAUCCAAGGAGGAGAUCAUCACGGACCAGAAGGUGGUCGUUAUCAAACCCGACCAUCUCCGCAACUGCCCAUCUGAAGCCCCCAAAAUUAUCAGCUCCCCGCCUCUCGAUUCUUUAGUCUCUUGCAUUUUAGCCAGCGUUUCGGCCUUCGAGUCGGCAUAUGUUCAGUUGCAAACUGCGCACGCGCCGUUUGAUGUCGAAAACGUGAAGACCGCCGACCGGGCAGCCAUCGCUCAGCUUCGGAAACUCUCUGAGAUCAAGCAUUUGGGUCGCAAUUGCGGCGAAUUGCCGUCCUCGGAGUGGAUUCUUGAAGCGCAGGUUCAGGAGCGGCAGAGUAUGCUCAGGACGUACGAGAUGACUGUUAAUAGGCUUCAAGCAGAGAUUGAUCGGAUGGAUGCGGAGGCCUCAACGCUUAAGGAGCAAAUCAAGAAGUUGGGUCGGACGAAUUCGAGGUGGAUGAAGAGAUUGGACGAGUUAAACUCUAGGCAAGUAGCUCCCUCUUUGAGUAUUUUCGAUUCGGCGUUGCAGAAAGCUACCAAGUUGUCCCAUAGUUUCGCUAAGACUCUCAUUGAACACAUGAAGCAAGCAAAGUGGAACUUAGAUUACGCUACAGAUUCUCUUUAUCCGGGAACCUGUUAUGCGAAGAAGGGGCAUAACAAAUAUGCACUUCUUUCGUAUGUUUGUCUUGAGAUGUUUAGUGAGUUUGAUAGUGAAACUUUUUCAGAAAUAAAUGUAUCGAUUCUUGGGAAGAAGGAUUGCUUGCAACGAUUCGUUCAGUGUAGAUCACUCAAUGCGGUCGAGGUUCUAAGGAGAAACUCAGAAUGCGGGUUCUCUAAAUUCUGCCGGAAAAAGUACUUGCAGCUGCUGCAUCCUAAGAUGGAAGCUUCGUUCUUUGAGAAUUUAGAGCAGAGAGACAUGGUAGUGAAUCAUGACUGCACUAAAUGGCCUUUGGACAAUCCUUUGUUUGAGAGCUUCGUGAAGAUGGCAUAUUCAAUAUGGUUACUGCAUGUAUUGGCCUUUGCAUUUGACCCUGUGAUUGAGAUUUUUCAGGUCAAGAGUGGUGAUGAGUUCUGUAUGGUUUUCAUGGAAGAUGUUGUUCAGGGUUCAGUUUUGUCUGGUUCAGGUGCUGAUGGGUCCCGAGCAAGAGUGGGGUUUACUGUCGUUCCUGGGUUCAGGGUCGGUAAGACGAUUAUACAAUGUCAAGUGUAUCUGAACGGGAUGAUAUAUAUAGAAUGACGGAAGAAUUAGUUGACCAGUUCGUGAAUCAUAUUGGAUAUCUUCAUUCAUUUCCUCAGCAUGCUGGUUCGACCAAUUGAUGAAUGAGCUCCAUGAGGGAGGUGAUCUUGCACCAACCAUAUCUUGUACAGUUUCCAGUUUUCUGUUGAUCGGAGAGUCUACGCAGACGUUUUACAUUUUUAUUGGAUGAUUUUAUCUUGUCCCCGAAGGAGCCAAAUAAGGGGCAAGAUCACGCAAAUAAUGCCUGUCAUCUGCUCAACUUGUAUGAUUAUAUUUGUACCAUCUGAUGCUGAAAUCUUCAGUAUCAUUGAGUCUGCUAAUGUACAUUAUGGUUUCACAUUUGAAAAUUGAUGAGCAAUCUAUGAUCAAUUUUAUUUUA